GUGCACAGUCUGUGUGUGGUACAGAAAGCUGUGGAGGAACAGGGUAAAUCGAAUGCAAGCAAUUGCUACGUUACAAUAUCCAACUUUUCUACGAUUUAACCUCUUUUAACUUACACAUUUGUAUCUGGACCUACUGACUGACUCGUCAACAAUUUUGGUGGGCCAAAAAAGGCUUUUCCCGGAAGUUUUAUGCGGUCAACAACUUGUCCUAAUCGACGUCUCUACGACCUCGGAUCGGAAAAGCAUUGUCGAGGCAGUUGGUGCUGCGCCUCGAGAUCACCGGAGUUUUAAAGGGCUUGUCUGGGACAAGGAUUCCAUGUAACCAGCGACUGCUUUUGGAUCAUUUCUUAAUUCUCACUCAUAAGGACGGUUACGGAGCCGAGGAUUGUGAAAAAUUCGUUAAAGAAGGGGAUUAUUGCUGUCGUAGGGGAGGGAAAUCAAUCGAGACAAAGGACAAGGAGCUUAAAAGCUCCAAUAAAGAUCGAGAGAUCCGACGGUCGAAGUGCGCUCUCAGCCGCGGAGGAUUGGGCUUUGUCCGACCGCUUGUGCACACAGGGAGGGGUGGCGGACUAUCGCAGAUCUACUUGGACUACUGAAAUAUCUACGAUUUUCCUAUAAAGAAAGGAUACGUUCAAGAUGUAUCCACAGGGCCGGCAUCCGGCACCUCACCAGCCAGGUCAGCCUGGAUUUAAGUUUACCGUGGCCGAGUCCUGCGACAGGAUCAAAGACGAGUUUCAAUUCCUGCAAGCCCAGUACCACAGCCUCAAAGUGGAGUACGACAAAUUGGCUAAUGAGAAGACAGAGAUGCAGCGUCACUAUGUCAUGUACUACGAGAUGUCCUAUGGGCUGAACAUUGAGAUGCACAAACAGACGGAGAUUGCCAAACGGCUCAAUGCGAUUCUUGCCCAGAUCAUGCCUUUCCUGUCACAAGAGCACCAACAGCAGGUGGCCCAGGCUGUUGAGCGUGCCAAGCAGGUGACUAUGACUGAGCUGAAUGCUAUCAUCGGGGUACGUGGACUUCCCAAUCUGCCUCUCACCCAACAGCAACAUGCUGUCUACCCAGCCUUCAUGCAGCAGCAGCUCCAGGCUCAGCACUUGUCCCACGCGGCGCACGGUGGGCCCCCUAUCCAGAUGCCCCCGCAUCCCUCGGGCCUGCAGCCCCCCGGCAUCCCUCCCAUUCCGGGCGCAGUGGGCUCUGGCCUGCUGGCACUGAGCGCCCUGGGAAGCCAGGCCCACCUGCCCUCUGUCAAGGAUGAGAAGAACAACCACGACCUGGAGCACAGAGGCCCGUCAUCUUUUCACUCGCCCCUGGCGAUCCCUCUGGUAAAAGAACGAGAGUCAAGCACGAACAACUCUGUGUCCCCGUCCGACAGCCUGCGCGCGGCCAGCGAGAAACACCGCGGCUCGUCGGAAUACAGUAUGGACUCAAAGAAACGCAAGGUGGAAGAGAAGGACAGCAUGAGUAGAUAUGAUAGUGACGGGGAUAAAAGUGACGACCUGGUCGUGGAUGUAUCUAACGAGGACCCAGCUACUCCCAGGGCUAGCCCUGCCCACUCUCCCCCAGAAAACGGUCUGGACAAAUCACGGGCACUAAAAAAGGACGCUCCCAACAGCCCGGCCUCCGUGACCUCUUCUGGCAGCACGCCCUCCUCCAAAGCCAAGGACCACGCCCAUAAUGAUAAGUCGUCCACGCCGGGCCUGAAGUCCAACACCCCCACGCCUCGCAACGACGCCCCUACGCCAGGAACCAGCACCACCCCUGGUCUGCGGCCCAACAUGGGCAAGCCGCCGGGAAUGGAGGCCCUGACAGCCCCAGCUCUGCGUACGCCUUUGUCCAUAGCCAGCUCUUACGCCACUCCCUUCGCCAUGAUGGGCCACCAUGAGAUGAACGGCUCCUUGACCAGCCCCGGGGUGUACCCUGGCCUCCACAUCUCCCCCCAGAUGAGCGCCGCCGCCGCCGCCGCAUACGGACGCUCCCCCAUGGCGGGGUUUGACCCUCACCCCCACAUGAGACCGGGCCUCCCAGCCAGCCUCACGUCUAUCUCCGGAGGAAAACCGGCCUACUCCUUCCACGUGAGCGCCGACGGCCAGAUGCAGCCUGUGCCGUUUCCCCCGGACGCCCUGAUUGGCCCGGGCAUACCGCGCCACGCCCGUCAGAUCAACACGCUGAGCCACGGCGAGGUGGUGUGCGCCGUCACCAUCAGCAACCCGACACGUCACGUCUACACAGGCGGGAAGGGCUGUGUCAAGAUCUGGGACAUCAGCCAGCCGGGCAGCAAGAGUCCCGUGUCCCAGCUGGACUGUCUGAACAGGGACAACUACAUCCGCUCCUGUAAGCUCCUCCCAGACGGACGCACUCUGAUCGUGGGCGGGGAGGCAAGCACGCUGACCAUCUGGGACCUGGCCUCGCAGACACCCCGGAUCAAGGCGGAGCUCACCUCCUCGGCCCCCGCCUGCUACGCCUUGGCCAUCUCCCCCGACGCCAAGGUCUGCUUCUCCUGCUGCAGUGACGGGAACAUCGCCGUCUGGGACCUGCACAACCAGACCCUGGUCAGGCAGUUCCAGGGUCACACGGACGGAGCCAGCUGCAUAGACAUCUCCCAUGACGGGACCAAGCUGUGGACUGGAGGCCUGGACAACACCGUCCGCUCCUGGGACCUGAGGGAGGGGCGACAGCUGCAGCAGCACGACUUCACCUCUCAGAUCUUCUCUCUGGGCUACUGCCCCACAGGCGAGUGGCUGGCGGUGGGCAUGGAGAGCAGCAACGUGGAGGUGCUCCACCACACCAAGCCAGACAAAUACCAGCUCCACCUGCACGAGAGUUGUGUGCUCUCCCUCAAAUUUGCCUACUGUGGUAAAUGGUUUGUGAGCACGGGGAAGGACAACCUCCUGAAUGCCUGGAGGACCCCAUACGGUGCCAGCAUAUUCCAGUCAAAGGAGUCCUCCUCCGUCCUGAGCUGUGACAUCUCUGCGGAUGACAAGUACAUUGUGACAGGCUCUGGCGACAAGAAGGCCACGGUCUACGAAGUGAUCUACUAAGCAACGGCUGAAAUGCCACAGUUUGAGCACUUCUACUGGCCUGACAAAGGGAGUUGCUUGUCCCUACUGCUCCUUUCACCUAUCCUACCCCCUGACCUCACCAGGGAUUGUACUACAGACAGUCGGCUAUGUGUCAGCUGUUACCGCUGCUGGAUUGGUGCUCAGAAGGCACUCUGAACAGUUUACCUGGCUAUGGUUUGGCGGUCAGCUGGCAUAUCUAACCGACACUUUGGUUCAGACUGUAACCCUAUGGGCACUGAAGUUGAAUAUUGUCUCGCUAGUUUUUUAUUUUUUUUGUUUUGUUCAGUUAAAGUUGUUUUUUUGGGUAUUUUUUUUGUAAUCAUUUUUUUUUUGUUGCAAUGGUGCGAUCAGGAGCAGCGCUUCCUCCUUCCAACUGUUGCUCCCUGGACGUCUUGUGAAAAGUGUACAUAAUGGAGUAAUAAAGACAUUUUAUAUAUAUAUUAUAAAAAUAUAUAUAUAUCUAUAUAUUUUCAUGUCCUGGUGUACUUGUGAUGGUUUUUCGUUCGGCCUCUCCCUUCUGCUUGAUAUUCAAGGGAGGAAAAUGUAGACUAGAACUUUUUUUAAGGAUUUAAUUUCUACUUUUUCUUUGUGCGUGCGGAGGGGGUAGCUAAAGUGCUCCAAUCCAGACUGACCUUUUUCGAAGUCAAAUUGUGAACCGGAACAUUUUUUGGAGAUUAAAAUGUCUGUUUUGGGAUUUUGACCUUUUGGAGCUACAGAAAGGUCUGGAAUGUGGAGCCUGCCGGCUCAGGCAGAGCCACGGACGGCCGUGGAAUUCCACAGGACCCCUGCUCAAACCGCCUUUAACGGAGUGGACUAUGGGGGUUCAGCGAGAGGAGAACAAUGUAAAUUAAAACGAUAUUAAAGAAGCUUUCUGUUCACUAACUACUACUCUGUCUGUGCCCUUUUGCCCUGUCUCGUACAUCUUGGAUUGUUGGUGGGGGGGAUUGGUUGGGGGGG